GCAUACGUGAGGAGCGUUUUGUUCAUUUUUCCUACCAUGACAUGUUCGUGCGAUCCUGUCCUAUCGUGCUGCAUGGGCACAUGAAGACGACUUCGUUCGAAAGACGUUGUGUAUUAUAACACAACGGCGAGAUAGUGGUGCUAAAUUUCGCUGCUGCCGAACUCACCCAAUGCGCACCACUUCAACCGAUUUCUAAAUAAGCCACUGCUUCCUCCUUUCUAAAUAGCCUCAGUUCUCCACCUUCCAACCGGUUCCCCAAUCCCGUCCCAAAAUAAAUAACUCGGCUACCACUAUCUCUGCCUCCCCGCCGCUCGUCACUGGCACCGCCUCUGGCCAUGACCUUGAGACUAGGAGCCGGGGGCUAGGAGCACCGGGUAGCAUUCUACCGGCUUGGCUGAGCGCUGAGUCGCAGUCGUCCGUCUGACGUUCGGACGGGGGGUCCACGUCUGUGAAGCGUCUCUUUGUGGUCGAAGAAAUGCUGCGUCUUCUGAGCGGCCGCGCCCUGGUCGGGGCUGUGAGACCGGUGGCAGCCAGUUCGGGAUAUGCAACGUCUGCCUUGCCUCAGCCGGUGUUGAAACCCGAGAUUCAGCAUACUGGGAUCUUCAUCAACAAUGAGUGGCACAAGUCUGUUUCGGGAAAGACGUUCCAGACCCUGGACCCGCGGACUGGCGAGCCAAUCGCCGACGUCCAGGAGGGAGACAAGGCUGAUGUCGAGAAGGCGGUGAAAGCUGCCCAGGAGGCGUUCCGUCUGGGCUCCCCAUGGCGGACCAUGGACGCCUCAGAACGUGGCCGACUGCUCCUCAAGCUGGCGGAUCUGAUUGAACGCGAUCAGACCUACCUGGCGAGUCUGGAGACGCUGGACAACGGCAAGCCGUACAACAUGUCCUACCUGGCCGACACAGCACUGAGCGCCGGACACUACCGCUACUACGCCGGCUGGGCGGACAAAAUCACCGGAGAGGUCAUCCCCGCCGACGGCAAUAACUUCAGCUACACGCGUCACGAGCCGGUGGGUGUCUGCGCUCAGAUCAUCCCCUGGAACUUCCCCCUGCUGAUGCAGGCCUGGAAACUGGGGCCCGCUCUCGCCGCCGGUAACACUGUUGUGAUGAAGCUCGCCGAGGAGACUCCCCUCACGGGUCUGUACGUAGCCGAGCUGAUAAAGGAGGCCGGCUUCCCACCGGGUGUAGUCAACAUCGUGCCCGGGUUCGGCCCCACCGCUGGAGCGGCCCUGGCCUCCCAUAUGGGGGUCGAUAAGGUGGCGUUCACCGGCUCGACAGAGGUCGGUCAGAUUGUCAGCGAGCUGGCCGCCAAGUCCAACCUGAAGCGGGUGACGAUGGAGCUGGGCGGAAAGUCGCCCAACAUCAUCUUCAAGGACGCUGACCUCGAGCAGGCGGUGGAGGGAGGACACUUCGGCCUCUUCUUCAACAUGGGCCAGUGCUGCUGCGCCGGCUCUCGUAUUUUCGUCCACGAGGACAUCUACGAUGAGUACGUGCAGAGGAGCAUUGAGAAGGCCAGGCAGAGGACCGUGGGCGACCCGUUCGACCCCAACACGCUACAGGGACCGCAGAUCAGCGAGAUCCAGAUGAACAAGAUUCUCGGCCUGGUCGAGUCGGGUAAGAAGGAGGGAGCGAAACUGGCGCACGGUGGAGCCAGGAUCGGCGACAAGGGCUACUUCAUCGAGCCGACUGUCUUCACUGACGUGCAGGACAACAUGAGGAUUGCCACGGAAGAGAUAUUCGGUCCGGUGCAGCAGAUUAUGAAGUUCUCCUCUGUUGAGGAGGUGAUCGAGCGAGCCAACAACUCCAUGUAUGGGCUGGCGGCCGGCGUGUACACGCGAGACCUGGACCUGGCCAACCGCACUGCCCAGGGACUCCGAGCGGGGACCGUGUGGAUCAACUCGUACAACGUGUUCUCGUCUCAGCUGCCUUUCGGCGGCUACAAGAUGUCUGGCCACGGCAGAGAGAAGGGAUCGUACGGCAUUCAGAACUACACCGAGACCAAGACGGUCGUCACCGCCAUCCCGCAGAAGAACUCGUAAACUCACUCGUAACUCGUAAACUACGGUUCGAGAUGCGGUCAAGGUUGGAUGUUCGGUUCGGUGUCUAUACCUAUGUGUACCUACUGACGACAUUGGAAAGUGGUGGUUGAAAUUCUACAAACAAGGUGCUAAUGAAAUGAUGAUGUAAAGGUGAUAUGGGAACAGCUCUGAAGAUAGAGCGACGGAAUAGGUAUGCGACGAAGUUGUGGUGCUUUCGCGUUUGCUCAGUGUUCUCUCUUCAGGAUGUUCGUUCGGGAUUUCGUGUGUUUAAAACUGUGCUAUUGAUUAAUGCACUGUGUCAGGUGAGCGCCGUAACCGUUUGCAGUGGAAUUAUUCGACGCUACGAACUCACGGGAUGGGAUGAUUUCUAUGUCCACAUGAGGCUUAAACCAACUUGAACAGCUGUAAUCGAACGUGUAAUUUGUCGAACGUUGGCAUCUGUGAAUGGUUUUGGCCAGUCCUGUAUAAAAGCGAAUGGCAUCGUUUAACAUGAGGCUCGAUUUAGCCAUGGGAUGGAAAGUGGUUAAUUCGGCCCGUUAGAAAGCACGGCUGAUAAGUGAUAGCAUACAGCUUCUCCGCAAUGUCUUCUUCACACCCAGCAUACGUUUGUGUCUAGUAAUGCAUUCAUGUGGAUCAGCUCUUAAAGAAUCCCUCUUUGUGCUUACGGAGCAGGUUGUAGGACGUAGGUAUCGUGUUCGUACAUUGCGCAUAGACCUGCUGCGCAGUGGUACCCGUUUUGUACACACGUCUUUUGUUAUCGGCUACUGAUGUGGAUUUGUGUUGCAUGAAGAAUCUUUUUCGUUUUCUUCGAUUUCUUAUGGCUUAAGUUAUCGGUUCUUCCUCGCUUUUGCCGAGUCGAAGUUGUCUCGUAGUUUGUCAAAUAUCACCGUGCCACGCCGCGCUGUACAAUGCUCGAAAGACCGUCCAGGGAAGACUUCCUGAGGUAUUUUGUAAAUGGAUAAGCGCAACUACAAUUACACACUUGUUAUUCAAUAUGUGUGCAGAAAUAAUACAUAUUUAGUUUUCACAAAUAAAGCAAUCUACAACGGAA